UCAACCAGGAAGGUCCAUGGAUUAAGAGCAGUAAACAACAAGUAGAGGAGAGGACAGAGGUAUAAAUGAAGCCUCUAGACAGGUGAAUUUUCUUUUGGUUUCAACUAAGCCACUCAUCUCAAACCAAUCUUUUAAGUUUUUGAAUAGGUCUUAAAUUUGACGAACAGUCAUGAGCGGCUGUUCAAAUAGCUUGACGUUUACUCGUAACUUCAGCUCACCCUGCAGCGCUUCAACACAGAUUUCCAGCAUGCUGGAAACUGCAGCAGAGCAAAUGAUGGUGUUCAAAGAUUUCCAGGCAGCUUUCGACACAUGUGACAGAGGCCUGCAGACUCUAAGCAACAUGGAGCAAGAUGACAGCAGAUGUGGAGAACUGAAGGCUGGCUUCUGCAUCUUGGGGAUUCAAGCCCUUGCUGAGCUCAAUCAGUGGCAUGAGGUCCUCUCCUGGGUCCUUCAGCAGUAUGAGCAACAGGAGAAAAUACCAGCUAAAAUAAUGCAGAUGUGCAUACUUCUUUAUUCCAAGGUGGGAGAGCCAGCUGUGAUGCAUGAAGCAGCCAGAGUUUGGUUACACUGCCCGUCCAACUGCAGAGUGACUGGGUUUGGGACAGUGGCAGAGCUGUACCUGCUGCACGUCCUGGUGCCUGUCGGACAAAAAGACGAGGCUCUGGAGCUGAUUGACGGUGAGGUUGGAAACAUAGCAUUCACAGAAGAUCAGGGACAAGCAGCACUGGAAGUCUUGGGAGAAAAAGAGCAACAAAAUGAAGAGGAACCACCUCUAAAUCCUGGAAUUAGUCCUGAGCCUGAGACCUCUGAAUCUGCAGUCUCCACUGAAGGAUCUGCCAUCCAUAAACUGGAAUCCAAGCUCAGGUUUUUGUACAGAAAAUUGUUUAUGACCAACUCUGGCUCAUUCCCUCUGCGGAAGAUCUUCCUCACUGCUGUUCUUCUCUACAUGCUUUUUGUUCGAUUGGAUCCAGCUCUUCCCUCUGCCUUCAUGUGGAUUUCCAAACUUCUUCAGCUGCUCAAACAGAUGUGGAGAGCCAUGUUUGCACCGUACUACCAGGCUCUGCCUCAGAGCAGAGGACUGUGAAAGACUGAAACUCAAGUGCAGAAAAUUUGCACCUAAAUAGAACAAUUUUUAAGCUCCUUUUCAAAGUUUAAUUAAACCUGUUUAAAAGA